GAAGGCGAAAGUGCUGACGACAUAGCGCGAAAUUAAACAGCAGCCCUUUUGAUGUAGUUUGGAAUAUUUUCCAAUAAAAAAAAGAGGGCCAAGUUACGUAAAAUGUGACGGCUGAGUAAAAAAAAAAUUAUAAUAAAAUAAAAUAUCGAUGUGAAAACGGGAGGGACGACGGCAGCUCGUUUGAAUGAAAAUCGUCCCUCCCUCUUUUUCUCUCCUCCUCCGCUCCCUCUCUCAUGUGAACCGGCAAAACACACACACACUUUCUGUCCUACCCGGGGAAUAAAGGCGGAGGAUUGACUCAAACACCGACGCUGCCCUCCUGGAUGUCUCAUCUAACACGGUUGCUCAAGUGACAGAGGAGUGUGCCCAGUGAGUGUCUCACCGAAAGGCCAGGAGUCCUCCCGGACAACAGGGGCCAGUGGCAGACAUGCAGGGGUCGGCCUUGGAUGGCAAAAUGGCCAAACAGGAGCAGCAUUCCAAGCUUCCGGAUGAACUCAAAGAAAGCGAUGACACAUCAGAGAAGACGUCCCCAAACAAGAACCUCAAAUCACCACAGAAAAGCUCCAAGCGGCUUAAAACAACACCAUUUAAAAUAGCACUGCUGGAUUCGACAGAUUUCGACGGAGAAAUGGAAAAACACUCGAAAGGACAAACGCUGAUGGACAUGGUGUGUGAGCACCUCAACCUGCUGGAGAAGGACUACUUUGGCCUCACCUUCGCGGACACAGACACCCAAAAGAACUGGUUGGACCCCUCCAAGGAAAUCAAGAAACAGAUGCGCAACUGUCCGUGGCACUUUGCCUUUGCUGUCAAGUUCUACCCUCCGGACCCCUCUCAACUCACCGAGGAUAUCACCAGAUACUACCUAUGUCUGCAGCUGAGGGAGGACAUGCUGUCAGGUCGACUGCCGUGCUCGUUCGUCACCCACGCCCUACUGGGUUCCUAUACCGUUCAGGCUGAGCUCGGCGACCACGAUCAGGACGAGCACGGCUCGGACUACGUCAGCGAUUUACGUUUUGCACCCAAUCAGACUCGCGAGCUGGAGGAGAGAGUGAUGGAGCUCCAUCGAAACUACAAGGGUAUGACUCCAGCAGAGGCUGAAAUUAACUUCUUGGAGAAUGCAAAGAAACUGUCCAUGUAUGGGGUGGACCUGCACCACGCUAAGGAUUCGGAAGGGAUCGACAUAAUGUUGGGCGUCUGUGCCAACGGCCUGCUCGUGUACCGUGAUAGGCUGAGGAUCAACCGCUUUGCUUGGCCCAAAAUCCUUAAGAUCUCCUAUAAGAGGAGCAACUUUUACAUCAAGAUACGGCCUGGCGAGUAUGAGCAGUUUGAGAGCACUAUUGGUUUUAAGCUUCCCCACCACAGAGCUGCCAAAAGGCUGUGGAAAGUCUGCAUUGAGCAUCACACCUUCUUCCGGUUGGUUUCUCCAGAGCCGCCUCCUAAGGGCUUCUUGGUGAUGGGCUCAAAGUUCCGAUACAGUGGACGAACACAGGCUCAAACCAGACAAGCCAGCGCUCUUAUAGACAGGCCUGCUCCGCACUUUGAACGAUCCACCAGCAAAAGAUACCUGCUCUCCAGGAGUUUGGAUGGAGCUGAGUUCUCCCGGCCGGUGUCAGCCAUGUGCGGGAAUCACGACGGCGUCUUCCAUCACAGCAUGAGUGAACGGCCUCAUCUCCGCAGCCCAUCUGUGGAUGAGCAGGAGACUGAGCUGGAGCCCAGUUUGGAACAAGACGAGGAGGAUUUGGACCAAGAGCUGAGUCAGGACACGGAAAGAGACGAAAACCAGGAUGGAGAUGUCACUCCAAGCAAGAAGAAGGAAAUUAUGGACGAGGCUGGAUCACCAGUUGACAGUAAACAGGAGCUGUGUCAGUUGGAGGAGGACACCACUUCCCAGCAAAAACAGGAGUUUCUGGAUAAGUCAAAGGAUGUCUUACUAAAGCACCAGGCCAGUAUCAAUGAGCUGAAGCGAGCCCUGAGGGAGCCCAACAGCAAGCUGAUGAGCCGUGAGAAGCGUCUGUCAGCAAGCUCGCCACCCGGCACGCCGGAUAAAAAAGCUUUGGGGGGCCGAGCGGUGGCAACAGACUCCAUUAACAGCCUGUCUGUAGAGGGGUUCAUCCAGAAGAAUCUGGCGACUUCACCUGAGGGUUCUGAGGAGUGGGUAUUGAUUGAAAAACAAGACAGUUGUCAUCAAGAACAUGACUGGAAAGUGAAAGAAAAUAACUCUCCUCCAUCUGAUUCCUCCUGGGAGAAUAAACAACAGGAAAAAGUGAUACACAAUGCCAAAAUGAUGCAUAUUGAGGUGACAGGGUCUGACAGAAAAGAAAUGAAAAGCUACAUUGAUGAAUGUCCAUCAACAAAAUCUGCCAAAGAGGUAGCUUUGCACUCUGAGCAGCGGCCCACUAACAGAGGUCGUUUUGAGAUUCAAUUAUUGGCAAAUGCAGUGUUGUCUGAAGACAAAUCUCCAAGCAAACCAUCUGAAGCCUUAAGCGCUGCACCGGGCUCACAUCAGAUGAAGGAAUACAUGGCUUCAAGACCGAGAAAAAAGAGGAGACCACAGAGUUUAAACCUGGGAAUGCCUCCAGAGCUUGCCUCCGGGAAAGGAGGAAGCGAUUCUUCUGCAGACGAAGACGAGGAGUCAGACAGUAAAUCUGAAGCAGGAUAUUAUUGUCAACCAGCAGCGGAAGAGUUGAUGAGACUUGAUCGAGAACCAGAAAAGAGUGAGGCUUUCAGUGCCUAUGAAGACAUCACAGAGAACAUAGAGGAAGUAGAAAGUCAGGAUAAUUGCAAUCAAGAUGCAGAACAAAGUAAGGUAAGGCUAGCAGAAAUAAACGGACCUGGAAAAGUAGAACAUGGUAGCUCAUUUUCAGGUACUAAAAGCGAGGGUGUAAUUAAGAUAAGGGGAAAGGGCUUCAUUGACAAUAAAGAGCUAGCAGAGGUCAAAUUACGACAGGUCAAAACUCACGAGAGAAAGAUAAGUAACUCUGGAGCAGAGGAUAUUGAAGGUUUUCUGGGAGACAGACGUCAAAGGACGUCUCUCCACCGGUUGUCAGGCAGCCAUCAGUCAGAAAUCACCAGGAUUGUUCCUCUCAAGCCAGAGCGGUCAAAGAGCAUCGCGUGUAAGGAUGACCAAGACAAGACCGGACAGGCUGAGCAAGCAAGGACUACAAGAAGAGAAUACCGCUGGUCGGUUGGCUCUCCAGAGGGCUCCUCAGACCUCAACUGGACUGACGUCUCUACCCUCCAUUCAGCAUUUGAAGUCGAUAUGGAGAGUAUCACUAAACAAGAGCAUUCUGAUGAUAGCUAUCAGUCCUGGAAAGAGUCCUCAGAAAGUCAGAUGUUUGCCUCAAAAAACUCAUCGCUUUCCAAAACGAUGCCUCCAGCACCACCAGUGAAAACCCAAAAGGCUCGAGAAUCAGGGCUGAUCCUACGAAACAGCCGAAAUCCAGUCAGAGAGCCGAGCCUGGAUUCAGCCAAGAAGAGACAUUCGGAGCCCGUCCCUGCUCCCUUUGUUUAUGAUGAGCCGUUCGCUAAUUUCAAGAAGGAGUUGAGUGACAGCAGGCUGCAGGCAGCUGUAGCCAGUGAAGAGGAACAGCAGCAAGACACCAUGGGCUGCAUAAGGCAACCUCAUUUGGGAAUUGAACGCAAGUGCUCCAGCAUGACAGUCAGCUCCACGUCGAGCCUAGAGGCCGAGGUCGACUUCACCGUCAUCACGGAUCUCCACCCCUGCAUUGAGGACACGGCGAAAGGCGUGUCCGAUUCAGGAGAGGAGCGGCAGCCCGAAGUCGGACGGGAGGACUUUGAGGAAACGUCCCAGUUCUAUUCAGCACAUCUCAUGGGUUCAAGGGACAAAUCUCCCUUAGAGGAUAAACUUCCUGAAGAGGGACUUUAUCAUGAGCCACCCGUCGCAAAGAGAGACGCCGGUGCUGCGAGUAUGGCCCAGAUGCUGAAAAGGGCCGACUCCAAGACAGAGUCCCAUACUAAUGGAUCAGAGGCUCAGAUGAGCGUCUCACCACAGAGGCUCUCCUUCACACAAGAGGCUCCAGUCAUCCUUAAAGAAAAUGGAUCGCCUGUAAAAGGGAGCGUUCUAGGUAAAGAGCCUAUAGUGUCCCCACUGACUAUCACUGGAGAAAGUGUCACCACUGCAACCACAACUCAAGUUACCAAGACGGUCAAAGGAGGAUACUCAGAGACCAGAAUUGAGAAAAGGAUCAUCAUCACAGGAGAUGAUGAUGUAGAUCAACACCAGGCCCUUGCUAUGGCGAUCCAAGAGGCCAAGCAGCAGCAUCCUGACAUGCUGGUGACAAAAGCAGUUGUAAUUAGAGAGACUGAGUCUCCCACUGAGGAGCUAAAACAGAAGUCCUGAUUGACUGUGGUGGCUCCUGAAGCGGAGGACAUGAGAGGAUCUUCUCCCUGUGCAGCAUGCCACCAAUUUGCUAAGAGGACUAUCCACUCCUCUUGAGUACACACUGACAGAACAGACUGUGAUCCACCCUGCAGUAGAUUGCUUCCUCUGUCCUCUGAGACAAACCGACUGUGACUCUGCUCUGACUCUGACGCUGAUCCGGACUCCCGUUCCUGUCAUAUUAACCUGGAUUGGUCAGGAUGGAUCGCCUAAUGGAGCACUAUUUGGCAACACUUUCUUGGGUUAGAUGUUUUACUGCACAUCCCUCCUUGCCUCAUUCACAUUCGUUUACCAAUGACUUCCUUAUAUAUUACAAAACUGCAUCAUUCUCAUGGAGUACGUGAAAUAAAUAAAUAUAUAUGUUAAGUAAAAAAGCUUGGGGGUGCAACGCUGGUGAUCCACCUUUCGGUCAUGAAUAACUUUUUACAUUUGUAUGUAAGGAACAUUCAACUUCUCUCCAGUAUUUGCUUGAUACAUAAAUCAGUAUACUAUCAGAUUAAUAUAAUCUGCAUGAUUCAAAUAAAAGCAUCAGAGGGAAUUAUUGAAAAAAAACAACACACAGAGGGUCUCAUGUGAAAAAGACAUUUUUGUUGGGAAAUGAAUUAGCCCUUUAUGCAGGACUGACAAGCAACUUCCAAAAAAAAACCAUCGGACCAGCGGGUGGUGGACUUUUUCAGAAUUUCAUGGACUCUGCUAUCAAACUGAGACAUUCUGCUUUCUUCAAGCGAUGGAGACCAUUAGUCGUACUCAAUUUUUGUCAUCGAUUUUUUUUUUAAUGCUCUGUUUCUGGGGCCGGGGCCAAUUUAAUUAUUAAUGUUGAAUAUGUUUUUGAAAUGUUUAUGCGUGAGGGUUUUUUUUUUUAUUCUCCUUGCCUAAAUGCCUAAUUAUACUUUUAUUUGGCUGACAUGAUCCAAUAAUGUAUACAUGUUAUACUUGUGAUCUUUCAUUCUUUGGGUGUGAACAUGCUUAUAUGCCACUCUUGUGUAUCCUGUUACUUUGCUAUAGGUGCUGUGUGUGGUGGCGAAAUAUACAUUUUUGUUUUGCAAUUAACUGAAUCCAAUUGCAGCAAAGAAAAAAGCUGUCCUGCUCAUUUUUGUUCCAUCAAAUGUGUCAAUAAUACAUUCUGGCAUCAAUUCUGCAUUUAUAUAACAAAACACUGCUGUUAUAUUCUAAAAAAAAAAAGUAUUGUGACAUUUUGGAGCCGCUGUUAUUGUUACAUCAAUAGGAGUAGCACCUUAUUGCUUUUGUAACCUUGACACGCUUGCUGCACAAAAGUCAGCUAUGUGAACCACUACACUACCAACGACCAAAGCUAAACUCAUUUAUCACUUGGGAUGGGCGAUAUGACCUAAAAUCUAUACCGCAAUAUACAAACCCCGUUUCCAUAUGAGUUGGGAAAUUGUGUUAGAUGUAAAUAUAAA